AUGAACAUAUCAUCCAUUUGUGAUGCUGACUUCAUCACAGACAUUGCUGCCAAGUACCUGGGUUCCAGCCAUGAUGCACAUAUGUCUCAGUUGACACCACCAGGAAAUGUAACGCCCUUUGAGCCGCUGUGCGACUGUUCCUCUGCUACCUUUCGUGGAGAGACGUGUUCUUGGUGGCGAUCACCCUCAGCACGCAGUCUCAGAGAUCGAGCCCUCACUGUGGACCCUCCGUACACUGUCUCCAUAAAGACAAGCUAUGUAAUUUAUCUUUCAGGUCCUGUGGGUGUAGGAUUGAAUGAACUUAAACGAAAACUGUUGAUCAGCAAUACCCAGCAUUAUGGUGUAACAGUGCCACACACAACUAGAGCAAGAAGAGGCCAAGAAAGUGAUGGUGUUGAGUACAUUUUCAUUUCCAAGCACUUGUUUGAGACAGAUGUACAGAAUAACAAGUUUAUUGAAUAUGGUGAAUAUAAAAACAACUACUACGGUACAAGCAUAGACUCUGUUCGAUCUGUUCUAACUAAAAACAAAGUUUGUUUGUUGGAUGUGCAGCCUCAUACAGUGAAGCAUUUAAGAACAUUAGAAUUUAAACCAUUUGUGAUAUUUAUAAAACCUCCAUCACUUGAGCGUUUGAGAGAGACCAGAAAAAAUGCCAAGAUUAUUUCAAGCAAAGAUGAAAAAGUGGCUGCAAAACCCUUCACAGAAGAAGAUUUUCAAGAAAUGAUUAAAUCUGCCCAGAUGAUGGAAAGCCAGUACGGCCAUCUCUUUGACAAAGUUAUAGUCAAUGAUGACCUCACUACAGCUUACAAUGAGUUGAAAACAACAUUUGACAAAUUGGAAACAGAGACCUUUUGGGUUCCAGUCAGCUGGUUGCAUUCAUAACACUACAAAUAAGAAAUAUAAAUGAUGAUAGUUCAUAAUCUUUUUAAUAAAGUGCAUGGUUGGAACUCAAUUAGUUGCCAUUUAAUUGGUGUGAGGGUUUUCUAACUUUGGCAAACUGACUUGUAGUUAAGGACUUGGUGUAAUUGGAAUGCAGGUCUUCUUUUUCUGUAUCUUAAACCAUCCUGUUCCGAAUUCAGGGACAAUAAAAUCACACUGAAUCCAAGUCUUAUCAGAUGCAAUAUACUGAGCUAGUAGUGCACCCAAAACUACUAGAUGCCUUGUUACUGUUUACAUGUAAAUCUCCCAGCUGAGUUUUGUUAAUGGAAGGGUAGCACAGAUAUUAAUUAAUAUUGAAUGCUGCGGUGGUCUCAGACAUAGCUACUGUCAUAUAAAGUUGCACAUGAGCACUUGGAGGUUAUCAGUACUUUAACUAAGAGCGCUUAAGAGAACUAAAACAGGCAAAAAUGGCAAAUAUUUCUCUGGUUAAGAAAGACAUUAAGAGUUUUAACUGGGUUAAGUAUCAAGAGGGGUCGUUUUACUUUCCUAAAAGUGUGAGCUUCAUCUGAUGUGUACAGAGUGAUCCUAGUGUUCAUUUGUAUUUAAAUGUUUCACCAAAAGAGAGAAAUUAAGCAUUCAGUGGCUUACUUGUAAAAUACGCUGUAAAAUAACUACAUCUUCUGCGGCUACUGUUUUGCUGUGAGUAUGCAGGUCUUGAAACUCUUUGUGUGCAUGCUUUGCAGCACAACAACUUGGGAAUAUUUAUCUAAAUAAGGGAAAAUAUAGGUUAUUUAAAUGUAUAUAAUUUAAAAAAUCUUUCUUUGUGAGUUAAUCUUCUAUAAGAUCAGAAGUAUAUUGGCAUGAAUAGCUGUGUAGUAGUAAGGGUUUGUGGGGGAUUUGUUUUUGGUUUGUUUUUUUUUUUACUUUAAAUCACUUCAGACAUUUCUAGUGUUCUUUAAAAUACUUUUAACUUAUUAGCAGAUAAUUAUUAGGGGAAAUCUUUGAGAUUUGAGUAAGCAGUUGCAGUGCAUGAAUUGCUUUUAUUAAAAAAUCCAUAGUAAUAUUUGUUUUGAAUAAUAUGUAAUGUCAAAAUGCAUUGUUUUAGAUUUAAAAGCUUUUCUUUGAGUUUAAACUUGUAAACUUCACUACAAAGAAAAUUAUUUACCUUUAACACUGCCCAGAUACAUCUGAAACCUCAGAUAGCUUUCUGUGUAAUAGAAUAUUCUGUGUAAUAGAAUAAGCAAAUAUAUGUAAAUCAUGUAUAUUUAAUGUAGGUAACCUCGCAUUUUUCUUGAUUUACUACUGAUAUGCAGCAAGUGACUACACAUGUAAUGAAAGAGUAAAGCAUGUGUAUUAAUUGUGAAAGUGGAUUUUUAAUAUAGGUGCAGUGUGUGAAUGAACUUGCUAACUUAGAUCAUAUCUGUAGCAUUCAAACAGGAAGCACAGUUAUUUAUGUUAGCAUAAAGAGAGAAGAACUCAGUGAAACUUAUAUUUAUGAAAGGGUUGAAAAAGGGUAUUAAGUUUUUGAAUUUCUAAUCAGUGUGGUCAUUUCUAAAUAACAGAUUAGUAGGUGCCGGUAAUUAGAAACACUGUAUUUGUAAAUUAAAUCAACAUUCCAUGUAAAUAUUUUAGUUUAUAUGCUGAUAAAACCAUCAGCUCUGGGCAGCUGUAUCCUAAAUGCAUAUUUAGCCUUGGGCUCAUUGAAUUUGGUUUAAAAUUAGAUGAAACAAUUGAAAUACAGCAACAACAAAAAAUUAGGAGUUUUUGAAUGUUUGUACUGGAAUUAUUGACAUAUAUUAUAUCUCGCUAUUGACACAUAUCCUGUAGUUGAACAGCCUAAUGUAACUUCAAACAUAUCUGUCAGAUUUCAGUAUUUUUUCUGGUGAACUUAAGGUUGUUCGUAAAAUCACAGUCAUAGUGUGGGCUGGAGAAAUGUUCUCUAUUUUUUAAUUAUUCAAAAUGUAAUUAUUUGUACAGAGAAUGUUCUUCAGCAAAUCACUGGAGGCUACACCUGCAAGAUGCUGAGUGCCCUCACUUUCUUUUGCAGAAAGCUACAGCUGAGGGUGUUCUGCACUUCUCAGGGUCUGGUCCUUUUAUACCAGGGGAGAGUCAGUCUUAUUAAACAAUAUGCUAAUACUGCUAGUAAACUGUCAUGUAUCAGACCACUAUUGUACUAUAUCUUUUAAAUAAGGGAACUGUUUUUGCCCUUUGGGAAACAGACCCUGUAAUGGUCUGAAAACCCUGUUAGAAACAGAUGGAUUCUGGCUGCCCUGCAGGCUUGUUGCCAGUGCUGUGAUGUUCUUUUGAAACAAUUUUAAGACUUAUUCCCAUGUUGGUGGGGUCUAGGAGGGCCUCAUACAAUAUUCUUACUUUGUGGGGUGAUAGACUGAAAGUUCCACAACACUUUGUUCCUUUUUCAGAGGGACUUGCUUUCUGAUCCUCUGUGAGGCAAUGGCAAUAUUUAACACAGGGUGGUCACAUACCAAUUUCCUAGCAAGAAGUUAAUUUAAUUGUCCUGGUGGUGAGAGAACAAGGACAAAUGAAACCAUGUAUACACACGGCAAACAAAAGGAAUAAAGUGUGGGGGAAUCUUUAAGCUCCUAGAAAUAAGUUUGUAAUGAGUUAUUAGAAAGGAGAAUGGGACAGCCCAUUCCAGUAAAUCUUUCUUUAAAAACUAGCAUUAUUGCAGUGUGUUCUCACCAAGAAAAGUAGAGGCUGCCAUAUAUGGUACUAGAUCAAGACAAAAAAUGUUUUAGCUUAUCAGUUUUACUAAUUGGACAAGAGCGUGCCGUUUUACUGAAUUACAAACCCACUUCUUGAUAAACUUCCUCCAUUACAAUGAAAAUAAUGUAUGUUUCUGACUCAUAAGGUUUUAUGGAUAAAGGUGACAAAACAUGUCUUAAAUAUUAUGCAUAUUCAAUUUGUGCUGUUUGGUUUUUAGAUAAUUGAAUGUUUUUACAUCCAAGUACAGAUUUUUUAUUGUAUUUUUGCUGUGUUCCAUAGUAAAACAAAUGUUAUUUUAUACUAUUGUAUCAAGCUCUAUACUUGAAGUUGCUAUCAAUUCAUACAUUGAUGUUAUGCCUCAAAUCUCAUUUUACCUUCUUAUGCAGAACAAUAAAUUAUUGAUAUAAUCGA